GGAGUGAGGUGAUGCCCCUGGACUAUGGGAGCAUGGACUCAGAGAGUAGCCCAUCUCCAACUAGUUCGGAGAAAACGGUGGAGGGGGUGAGAGGAGAUGAGGUGGUGGAGGUUGGGGGAAAAGAGGUGGUAGAGGUUGGGAGGAAUGAGGUGUUAGGGGUUGGGGUAGAUAGCAUACCCAUUACCGUAGUAGAAGUAGAGGGUAGAGGAGAGAGAUAUUAUGAUGUGAAUGCGGAGAUAGUGGAGGAGGUGAAGCAGUAUAGUUCUGAACUAAGGACCAGGGAUAGCCUGGCUGAAAUGGAUCAAUUCUUAAACACUGUUGGAGGAGCGGCCAUCCCCAAGAAGCCAAGGAAGAAGUCAAAGACUUCAACCAAGCAAGUGGAUGAGGGGAGGGCUAGGAAGGAGGUAGUGGACGUGGCUUCAGCUGAGACGGAGGAGGAGGUGCCACAAUUAAAGAGGAAGGGUUGGGAGGAGAGGAGGCCUCCUCUUGUUGAGCUGAACCCUGAGCUCAGACAGUUGGAGGAGGGGGCUGAGGUACGAGCUCCUGGUAAGGGAAAGGGUCCUGUUCCCCCAAUGACAUCUCAGAGUAGCCUGUUCGAGGCGAAGAACAUGACGGGGUCUAGGUGGUUCAUCAACAACACCUUCCUCGAAGUGGACAAAUGCAAUGCGCGGGAGGAGGCUCUGAGGUACGGGGGAGCAUCCGUUAUAUGAUGAGCAACCUGACAUAUUACUAUAAAGUAACGUGUUGUAUUUCUAUUAGUAUGGACUAUCACUAAUGUGGUUUACCUGUAACAUUCUAGAUUUUCUCGUGUUCAACCAACUAAAAAUUGCAAUCAUGA